AAAGUAGCUGAAAAUUUUAUUUCAAGUCCAAUUGGAAUAUUUUAUCCUAAUCAAUCAGUUCUUUGUUUAGUGACUUCCAUUGAUUUAGAGAAUUCCAGAUGUGAAGUAUCAUUGAAACCUUCUGAAACACCUAUUAAAUCAUGCCCAUAUAUUUCUGAGGUGGAUUUUAUCAAAUCUUAUUUUAGUGAUAUUUUACCAAAAAAAAAUCAAAAAAAAGAUUUGAUCAAUCAAAAAGUCAAGAUAGGUGACAUAAUUAAGUGCAAGAUUAAACAAUUUUCAGAAUUAGAAUUUGGUGGUGGGUGGGUAGUUGAUGUAAUGUUAGAUGGUAAUAAUGACAAUGACAAUGAUAAAACAAUUAAAGGAAUUAUUAAUGAAGAGCAAGCUAAAACUAGAAGUGAUCUUAAAAAAGGUGAUGAAAUAUAUGGAAUGGUUAUUGAUUAUGAUAUAAAUGAAGAUAUUAAAAAAUUGGCAAAUAAGAUUGCUACAGAGACAUCUAUUGAAGCUUAUAUUGAGUUAGUAAAGGAAGAUUAUGUUGUAAUAUCAUUACCAGAAUAUGAAAAUUCAUUAGCAUUUGCUUCAACAAAAAGUUAUAAUUAUAGAUCAACGCCUUUUAUGAAAUUUAAAUUUGGACAAAAAGCAACUGCUCAAAUUUUUUAUUUGCCAAAUAACAAAGAAAAUAUCAAUAAUGAUGGACAACUAAUUGAUAGAGCAUUGGCAGUAUUGCAAUUACAAACCGAAGAAAGUUUGGUUGGUGGGUUAUGUCACAUAUCAAAAUUGUCAGAUGAUUUUGUUAAAGAUGUAAAUAAACUUUAUAAAAUUGGGGAUAAAGUUAAAGCAGUUGUAUUGGAGAUAGAUCAUGAAAAACAAAAAAUCAGCUUUGGAUGCAGAAAAAGUUGUUUUGAAGAAGAUGAUGUGCCUGAUUAUGUUGAGAGUGAUGAUGUUGAAAAACAUCAAAUUGAUUCACAAGAAUCAUCAAAUUCAGAGGAUGACUUAUCAAUGUCAGAAAAGAAGAAAAAGAAAAGGAAGAAAAAAAAGCUUGAAAUUGUGGAAGACCUUACAUUGGAUUUGUUAAAACAAAGGCCAGAAGUGAAUGCAGAUUAUGAAAGAUUAUUAUUGGGAUCCCCAAACUCAUCAUAUCUGUGGAUAAAUUAUAUGGCACAUCAACUAAAAUUAUCAGAAAUUGAAAAGGCAAGGGAGAUUGGAGAACGAGCACUUAAAACAAUAAAUUUCAGGGAAGAAGAGGAAAAAUUUAACAUUUGGAUUGCCUUGUUAAAUCUAGAAAAUAAUUUUGGUACAAGUGUAAGUAUGAGCGAAGUGUUGAAAAGAGCUUUAUUAUCAUGUGAUCCAAAAGAACUUUAUAUGACAUUAGUUGACAUUUAUGAAAAAAGUGACAAAGAAGAGCUUACUGAACAAACUUAUCAAUUGAUGAGGAAAAAAUUUUCUCAAAGUUCUAAAGUUUGGGUAAAAAUAGGUUUAUAUUAUCUUCAACACGGAAAAUUAGAAGCUUUACAUGACCUAAUACAGAAAUGUGUUAAAAUAUUGCCAAAAUAUAAACAUGUUAAAACUUUAUCAAAAUUUGCACAAAUGGAAUUUAAACAUGGCGAGGCUGAAAGGGGGAGAACAAUAUUUGAAGGAAUGAUGAAUAGUUAUCCAAAAAGAGUUGAUUUAUGGUCAAUAUACAUAGAUAUGGAAGUUAAAGCAGGAGAUCAAAAUAUAAUUCGUCGAUUGUUUCAACGUGUUACAUCAAUGAAAUUUUCUACCAAAAAAAUGAAAUUCUUAUUUAAAAAAUGGUUGGAUUAUGAAAAUGAAUAUGGCAAUGAAGAAAGCACCAAUGCUUUGCUUGUGCCAGUUCCUGCGCCUCGAGAUUUUAGGCACAUGCCACUCAUGCCUGGCUUAAGAAGUGUUUCAAAAGAAAAAGCAAGCACAUUUGAAUGUUUAGCGGAAAAAACAAAUAGGCCUGAAUAUUAUGAAAAAGGGACGGUUAGAUCUGAAUGCUUUAGUAAUCUAGAAGAAAAAAUUAUCGAAAACACUGAGCGGGAAAAGAAGGAAAAUACAUCUGAAAAAGAAUGUAUUAUCUGUACAGAGAAAGUCAUAAUAAGAGACUUCAUGAAAGUUGCAGAACAAUGUGAUCAUGAGGACAACAUGUGUCAAAACUGUAUUUGUGAAUAUAUUACACUUGAACUUUUGAAAAAGGGGAACAUCAAUGUUUUAUGUCCGGAAUAUGGGUGUCAUAGUGUGUUGCAGGAGCCAGAUAUUAAAAGGUUUGCCAGUGCGGAAGCAUUUGAACGAUGCGAUGGGAUUCGGGUUGAAUCAUGCGCUACAAGAAGACCUCUAUUAAAACCAUGGAUAAAAAAAUUCCAAAAAAGCUUAUUGUCACGUAAAGCUAAAAAAACAGAGGAUGAACAAAAGAGGCGAUCAAUACGCGAAGCUAAAGAAAUCGAAAAAGAGAAAAACAAGCUAUUAAAGGCGGAAAGGCAGUCUGAAGCAUUUAUACAGUCUAAUACAAAGGAAUGCCCGAAAUGUAAAAGUAAAAUUCAAAAGGAUGGAGGAUGUGAUCACAUGACAUGUGGACAGCCUUGUGGAUACGAGUUUUGUUGGAUUUUACCAUUAGUAACCAUCAUCAAAAACAUGAGAAAUUUUUACAUAAACACCAAUAACGAUAAUAUCAUUAGUAGUAGCAGUAAUAACAAUGGUGACAACAAUAAUCAAACUUAUGCUGACAGUGUUCCUCCGUCUCCCUCACCGUCCUCGCCGUCCUCAUCGUCCUCACCACCCUCACCAUCAAAUACUUCUGUCACCAACAACUUUUCUUUCCUAGUAUCAUCAGAUAAUAACAAGACAAGAAUAUUGUUAAUCACAGAAAUAUUAGAAAAUAUUUUAAUAUUUAUACCGGAACCAAAUAAUCUAGCAUUGGUAUGUCGCCAAUUUUACAAUAUAACUUUAACUUCGCCAAUUUUUAAGCGUCGUUGGCUAAGGAAUUGGUUAAAUCCAAAAUUACCCGAUGCAUUCUUACCAAAAUAUUCCGACUUGUGUAGAGCAGUCAAAACAAAAACACCAUUUCAUAUAUUGAUGCAAAUAAUAGAUUUAAUUAAAAUACACGAGAAACCCUUGGCUUCAUCUAAUAAUGGUUCAGUAACAAAACUGUUUGAAUGUGCAAGUCAACACAAAGAAGAUUAUUUAUUAAUACCCUAUCUAAUUCAUAAAGGUUUAAUGAUUGAACGAUAUAUAAAAGAUUUAUGUUACGAAGACUUUUUAUUAACAAAGGAGGGAUCUGAUCCCGAUAAGAAAUCUCAAAUAGACUAUUUGUCCAAUUUGAUUACACCAGUCAAAACUUCAAAAGAAUUUAAAAAUCAAUUAGCAAAUUCAAAGACCUUCUUCCAAGAUACAGAUUUAGCAUUCUCGAUCGUAUUACAUGAACGAUUGGAUAUUGCAGGCUUGCUAGCUUUACAUCCUCAACACACAUUAGACGUAUUGGAAGAAUGUGUUGACAGACAAUACACCAAAGGUAUUGCAUGGGCAUUUAGGCACGGGGUUGGUGAAUUACAAAAAAACAACACAUUAUAUUUAAGAUUAUGCAUUGAUGAAGCAGAUGUUGAAUCAAUUAAAACGAUCAUCCAAUCAGGUGCAAAUCUUAAUAUACCACCUCCAAACGACUUGUUAAAUUUUGGCUCAACAAGUCUAUUGGAAUUUUCUAUUCAAUGCUAUUUAAAAAAUGAAAACCACGUAAAAAGAAGAUACAUAAUUGAACUAUUAUUGAAAUCAGGUGCAAAUCCAAACGCUGAUCACGGUAGACCGUUGUCAUUAUGUUUGGUACAUCAUGAUUGGGAAUUGACAAAAUUAUUGAUAGAUCAUGGUGCUAACAUGAAUUUUCAAGUUUAA